GAUGAAUUAGAUUCCCAACCUUUGCGGUCAAGUCGGCUACAAAUAUGAUGCAUGAUACAAUAAUUUAAAAGUCAACAGAUUCUUUGUCACGUUUUGUGACUUUUCUUCUCCCAAUGUCUGUAUAAAAAAAACCAAACAAAAGUUGAAACAAACAAGAGUGAUUGAUUUAAAAUAAAAAUUGUCAUUUUAGGUACAGAAAUUAAACGCUAUAAAUUUUAUCGUUUCUUAAUUUCCGUUUGUUUUUACAGUGGCCUUCGAAUCAUGGACAUGUGCACAUUGGAGAAGCGAGGUAACUUGUUCAUUUUAACGUUGACCGGCGAAGACGAGCACCGUUUAAACCCGAUCCGAAUCGACUCAAUCCGGUCAGCAUUGAACCGGAUCCGAUCCGACCCAACCUCCCACUCCGGCUCCGUUCUCAUCACCACCGCUCACGGAAAGUUCUUCUCCAACGGCUAUGAUCUCGCUUGGGCAGGCUCUUCACCAGACAAGAUCUGUCUAAUGUCUUCUAAGCUCCGAGCUCUCAUCAACGACCUAAUCUCUUUUCCUAUGCCUACCAUCGCCGCCAUCACUGGCCACGCCUGCGCCGCUGGACUCAUCUUGGCCCUUAGCCAUGACUAUAUUGUUAUGAGAAAAGAUCGAGGGUUUUUGUAUAUGAGUGAAAUGAAUAUCGGGAUGAAGUUUCCAGCUUGGUUCGUAACCGUCAUAAGCUGCAAGAUCGGCGAUGCCGCAGUACGGCGAGAGGUUGUGCUAAAAGCGGAGAAGUUAACGGCGGAGCAAGGAGUGGAGAGGAGAAUUGUGACGGCGGCGUACGAUUCGGCGGAGGAGACGAUGAAAGGGGCGGUGGAAUUAGGAGAAAAGUUGGCUGAAAAAGGAUGGAACGGAGAAGUUUAUAGUGAAAAUAGAAAGGUGCUUUAUAAAGAUGUUUUAGAUAAGCUCGGAGCUGAUGAAACCACAGAAGAUGCGAAAAAAGUUGCAAUUGCAGCUUCUAAAAUGUAGCGUGACAAAUGUACUUGAAGUUAUUUUUCUUCUUUAUGCUUCAAUUAAAGACAGUUAUCACUAUUAAUAUAUCUUUUUUUUGGUUUUAAAUUAUUUGAAUUUAGUUUUGGAGUGAUAAAAUGCAUGCAUAAAUAUUUGGUUUGCUUA